AUGGCCUCCAAGUGCGUCCACAAAGGCUGUGGGAAGGUCUUCACUGACCCCGAGGAGCCGUGCGUGUAUCAUCCAGGCCCGCCGGUAUUCCAUGAAGGACAAAAAGGCUGGAACUGCUGCAAGCCCCGCGUCCUUACCUUCGAGGAGUUUAUGGAGAUCCCGCCAUGCACGACUGGGAAACACUCGACGGUAGAUGAUACGCCUGCUCCGGCGAAGAAGGAUGACGACGCUGCCGCGCCUCCGGCUCCCGCUCCCGCUGCCCCCGCCGCCGCUCCUCCUGCUGCGGUUCCUAUUCCUACACAUUCCCCUGCUAUUCCGCCUCCUUCGAAUGCGCCCACGCCUGUACCCGAGGAGCCGGAGUCGGAUGACCCAUCGCUUGCUAUCCCGCCUAACGCUACCUGCCGUCGGAGAGGCUGCAAUGCUUCGUACAACCCGGAUGUAUCGCGAGAGGAGGAAAAGUGUGUCUACCAUCCGGGACAGCCUGUGUUCCACGAGGGGAGCAAGGGAUGGUCAUGCUGCAAGAGGAAGGUUCUCGAGUUCGAUGAAUUCCUGAAGAUUGAAGGUUGCACGGAUAAGAAGAAACAUCUCUUCGUAGGAAAGGGCAAGCCGGCCGGAGAGGAAAAGGUCGAGACAGUCAGGAAUGACUUCUACCAAACGGCGUCUUCGGUCAACGUCUCGCUGUACUUGAAGAAGAUCGACAAGGAAAAGGCCACGGUCGAGUUCACCUCUACGGCCAUCACCCUCGACCUCCCGACUACGGACAACAAGCGGUACAAGGAUAGCUACGAGCUGUUUGCUCCCAUUGACCCUGAGAAGUCCAAGUUCCGCGUAUUGGGAACGAAGCUGGAGUUGACGCUGAUCAAGGGAGAUGGCACAAGCUGGCCGGUGCUGCGCAAGGAUGAUCCGUGGUCAGGAGAGCGGAUUCAAAUUGGCAGUGCGGCUAGGGCGUGA